AUGAGGUUGAGGACUCUGCUGCUGCCCCUCCAAGGACUUAUGCACAUGUGUACAAAGCUGGGGGCCACACGCGAGAAUUACUGCAUGCACGGGUUACACGUGAGAAUUCUCACCCGCAGCUCCUUCGCUGUUUUUUCCCCUUAUGUUGCAGAUGAAGAAAUAGAGAUCAAGUUCUGCUCCUGGAAUUCAGCUAAAGCGGAAGGUGAGAGCGCCAACGAGGGACUUCCUCUUCCUGCCCCGCCUCUCUGUGAGAAAUGCAGGGUGGAAGCGCGGAGCCCCUCUUCGUGCGCAGCGGUGUUGGAGUGCCGGGUUGCACGGGGGGAGCCUCGGAUGAAAGGAUACAUCUGGGGGGUCAAGGCUGAGGGAGAACCAUCUGAAGUAUCACUGGGAAAAGCUGAGGAGCAGGUGCAGGAGCAGAAACUGAGGAGGCAAGAUGGAGCAAAGAGACAAGAGGAGAGACAGACUCACACAGGGGACAAACCCCAUAAAUGCUUGGAGUGUGGAAAGAGCUUCAGUCAGAGUGGCCACCUGACUUCGCAUCAAAGAACUCACACAGGGGACAAACCUUAUAAAUGUUUUGAGUGUGGAAAGAGCUUCAGUCAGAGUGGCGACCUUACUUUGCAUCACAGAACUCACACAGGAGACAAACCUUAUACAUGCUUGGAGUGUGGAAAGAGCUUCAGUCGGAGUGGCCACCUUACUUUGCAUCAAAGAACUCACACAGGAGACAAACCUUAUAAAUGUUUUGAGUGUGGAAAGAGCUUCAGUCAGAGUGGCGACCUUACUUUGCAUCACAGAACUCACACAGGAGACAAACCUUAUAAAUGCUUGAAGUGUGGAAAGACCUUCAGUUGGAGUAGCACCCUUACUUUGCAUCACAGUACUUACACAGGGGAGAAACCUUAUACAUGCUUGGAGUGUGGAAAGAGCUUCAGUCGGAGUGGCCACCUUACUUUGCAUCAAACAACUCACACAGGGGACAAACCUUAUAAAUGUUUCGAGUGUGGAAAGAGCUUCAAACUCAGUGGCACCCUUACUUCGCAUCAAAGAACUCACACAGGGGACAAACCUUAUAAAUGUUUCGAGUGUGGAAAGAGCUUUAAGUGGAGUAGUGCCCUUACAGUACAUCAGAGUACUCACACAGGGGACAAACCUUAUACAUGCUUGGAAUGUGGAAAGAGCUUCAGUCAGAGUGGCACCCUUACUUCGCAUCAAAGAACUCACACAGGGGACAAACCUUAUAAAUGUUUCGAGUGUGGAAAGAGCUUUAAGUGGAGUAGUACCCUUACGGUACAUCAAAGAACUCACACAGGGGACAAACCUUAUACAUGCUUGGAGUGUGGAAAGAGCUUCAGUCAGAGUGGCCACCUUACUUCGCAUCAAAGAACUCACACAGGAGACAAACCUUAUACAUGCUUGGAGUGUGGAAAGAGCUUCAGUCGGAGUAGCCACCUUACUUCGCAUCAAAGAACUCACACAGGGGACAAACCUUAUACAUGCUUGGAGUGUGGAAAGAGCUUCAGUCACAGUGGCGACCUUACUUCGCAUCAAAGAAAUCACACAGGGGACAAACCUUAUACAUGCUUGGAGUGUGGAAAGAGCUUCAGUCACAGUGGCGAACUUACUUCGCAUCAAAGAACUCACACAGGGGACAAACCUUAUACAUGCUUGGAGUGUGGAAAGAGCUUCAGUCACAGUGGCCACCUUACUUCGCAUCAAAGAACUCACACAGGGGACAAACCUUAUACAUGCUUGGAGUGUGGAAAGAGCUUCAGUCAGAGUGGCCACCUUACUUCGCAUCAAAGAACUCACACAGGGGACAAACCUUAUAAAUGUUUCAAGUGUGGAAAGAGCUUUAAGUGGAGUAGCGCCCUUACGGUACAUCAAAGAACUCACACAGGAGACAAACCUUAUAGCUGUUUCGAGUGUGGAAAGAGCUUCAGUCACAGUAGCCACCUUACUUUGCAUCAAAGAACUCACACAGGGGACAAACCUUAUAAAUGUUUCCAGUGUGGAAAGAGCUUCAAGUGGAGUAAUGCCCUUAGGGUACAUCAAAGAACUCACACAGGAGACAAACCUUAUACAUGCUUGGAGUGUGGAAAGAGCUUCAAGUGGAGUAACACCCUUACUUUGCAUCACAAAACUCACACAGGAGACAAACCUUAAAAUGCUUGGAGUGUGGAAGGAGCUUAAGCAGAGUUCAACUGUUUCUGUGCAUCAAAGGAUCCACACAGGGAAGCAAGGCUACCAACAGGAUUUUCUGGGCUCAGUACUCUAUGCAGAUUGGGCCCUCUGCUGCUCUCCUCAAAGACACAAAUUUGCAUAAAAUGUGCAUACGCUUCAUGUCAAAUGCACAUUCCUAGCCUCUUUUGCAGAUGUGAGUGGAGGACGUAAAAUAAUCCAGUGGGAACACUCAAAUAACAGCUGGUAUAGCAUAGUGGGGCGGAGAGCCUGGCUGGGAGUCCAGAGUCUGUGAAUUCAAAUCCCCGCUUGUGUCUCCUGGGUGUCAAGGACCAGCUAAAGAUCAACCCACAGGGAGUGGCUCAGGGGUUAUGUGCCCUGCCACCUGUGCAGCCGUGGGCAAGCUGCAUAGUCCCACGGAGCCCAGUUGCCCCCCAGCUGGCAGUUGUGGACAAGGAAGGGGCUGGCUUGUGCAGUGGGGAGGACUAUCCUCAGAGGGAGGCAAUGGUAAACCCUCUCUGAAUACCGCUUAUCAUGAAAACCCUAUUCAUGGGGUCGCCAUAAGUUGGGAUCGACUAGGAGGCAGUCCAUUUCCAUUUCAACAUUCAAAUAAUAAGAUAUCCAACAGAAAGAAUAUCAACAGGUGAAGCUUUCUCCAUAAUUCUAUACUAUAAAAAGGCAGGUAUUAAUCCGCCUGCCACAUUAUUAUAUAGCCAUGAGAGUGGCUGUAUACUAUAGCCAGCAUGGAUUUUUCGCAUUCCGCAAUGAUAAAUUGAAAAUACCCCCCACGUCAUUCUGAUGCUUCCCAUCAGUUCAUUUCAAAACAAAACCUUACAUAACUUAUAGUCCUGAACUCAGAAACGCUUGCUUAACAACCCUUUAAGUUUUCAUGGCAAUACACAAAACAGUCAGAGAAUCAAGAGUUCAAAAUAUAAAAUGAGGAAAAAAACAGACCUGGACUUUUUUCUGUCAGAGAUCUCAUAAUUUUAUGACAUUAAUUAAAAAUCAGCCAUGUUCACAGAGUACCUAUAAUCCUUUUACUGACCUUGCCCCAUUCUCUGAACUUCAUCUUCUGCAGUUUUAAAAAUAAAAUGCCUGGAUGAUUUUUUAAUUAAUCUAAGAAAUUUUACAUUGAACUGAAUGAUAAUGUCGGGCAUGCUCAGUAAGAACCAGCUGUCAGUGUUCUAACAGCCAGACUCGCAGCUGAAACGUUUUUAAAGAUGUUUUGUUAUAAUGUAUUUUAAGUCUGUUUUAUGAUGUUUUAGAGUUUUUGGUGCUUUUGUUUGCUGCCCUGGGCUCAUUCUGGGAGGAAUGGCGGGAUAUAAAUCAAAUAAAUAAAUAAAAAUGGGGGCAGUGUCAGUGAUGUUCUCUACAGUCAAAGGGAUUGGUACAAGGGGAACGCCUCCCUCCCCAUGGACAGGGAGUAGGGAGCAUAUCCAACAGUUACUCACAUUAUAGAUGGAAGCAAUUCUUGUUGGAUUUAAGCAAGCUUGCAUGCCCCCCCCCAUUUCAUAGGGAGAUGCUCCCUCAAACCAGUAUUGGAGAUAUCUCUAUAUGUUUGUUUACCAUGAUGUAACUUCCUCAAAGGGUGGGGUUAUUUAUUUCUUCCUCCUCCUUUGUUAGGGGAUAUUGAUCCUUUUUGCAUGUUCUGUAUUAACCUCUAGCAGAGGGAACAGGCAGACGUUCUUUCCAGGGGCCUCCUCACCAAUGACUGAAAAUGGACUGAGACUACAGAUUAUUUUCUAUCUAAACUAGAGCCUAUGUUUUCUUAAACAUAUGAAGGUUGUGAGUAAAUACUCUUUAUUCUUUUUACCUAAGAAGAUUGUCUCUGUGACUUCUUUGAUUAACUAGUGUGCGUGGGAGGAAGGUGUGGGACUGGUUUAUUCUCAUUCCACUGAACGGAACAGGCAGCAAUGGGCCCUUUAUAAAAGAAAUUGAUGCCAAAAACACUGGGAUGUGUUAAGAGACACUUGAGAACAACAUUUAGGAACAAAAACCAUUCCAAUAGGAUUUUUAUUAAUCCUUUAACAACCAAAAUGCCCUGCAGAACCGAAUGAAACAGCCCAGAACAGCAACUUCCCAGCGAGCCAGACCUCCCAAAUUCACCAGUCCCACAUGACUACAUGGGAUGCAUGCAAUAAGACACAAAACCUCCACGAAACCACGUUCCGAUAUCCGUUCUGGGCUAUAAUACGCCUUUACGUAAAACAGCCUGGAAUGGCGACUUCCCAGUGAGCCAGACCCACCAAAUUCACCAGUCCCACGUGACUACAUGGGAUGCAUGCAAUAAGACACAAAACGUCCACGAAACCACGUUCCGAUACCCGUUCCGGGCUAUAAUACGCUUUUACGUAAAACAGCCUGGAAUGGCAACUUCCCAGCGAGCCAGACCCACCAAAUUCACCAACCACACAUGUUGCUGCCUCUCCUUGUGUUGGGAAAUGGGAGAUAACACAGGAUGACCCAGGAACCUCUGGGGUGAUCAGCAAUACCCUUUCUUGCUGUUUGUAGGUCCACUAAGCAGCACUAUUGGUGCUGCUACCAGGUUGCGAAGGGCUGCUGAAUUGGGGGGAGAGAGAGAGAUUGGAGGGGCAAGUCGGCUGCCUUUUACUCAUGGCCUUUCUGCUGUCGGUAAUGAGAGAAGACACUCCUUGCUGCCACUGAGCCCCCUCCCCAGUGUAGAUAUAGCAUACCUGGGCUGCUGCCUUUUUGGUCUGAAAAAAGAAGGGAUCAUCCUGUCUCUGCAGAGACCAGCAGAUCUUAUAGUGCCCCUAGUGGGAAGAAGAGUAAACUGCAGUUAUUCUCUAGCACCAAAAGCUACCUGUAGUUGCAUUCAAUACUAGUAUAGCUUACUACAAAAACCUUGCUAGGAAAGAAAAACAACAAUGUACUAUAUUGUUUUCACACACAUACCUCAUUAAUCAUUACUAGAGCUGCCAACUAAGUAAUAAUAUUAAUUGGAGCAAUUUGUUUUGCAGUUAAAU